AUGAAGAUAAAUGGCAAAACCAUCAGUACCAUCUCGGCGCGUUUGAAUAACAACUGCAGUAUUUAUCUGGUUGAGCUCCUUGUGAUACAGUCAGCGCUCCAAUGGCUUAAAAAUCAGGGUUCUCCAAUUGCAAGCAUUUACACAGAUUCCCUUUCUUCACUCAUGAGCCUGGAGGACCCACGUAAACACCUCAAACUUAUAGAAGACACCAAAGUCAUGUGGAGUUGUAACUAUAACAUAAAUUGGAUUAAAGCACACUCAGGCAUUGAAGGGAAUGAAGAGGCCGGCUGGGUCGCUAAGGAAGCCACUAAGCUUGGCCAGAUUGAUUUUGAGAUCCCGGGUGAAAAAUGUGAAAUUAAAUCUUACAUUAGGGACAUCACUUUUAACCGCUGGAGAGUUGACUGGAGGUCUAGUGACAAGGGAAGACAAACCUAUAAAUUUUUUAAAGACCCUAGCUUAAAGCGCCUGCAGGCCAAUUUUUACUUAAACCAGCUCCUUACAGGCCACGGAGUGUUCGGGACCUAUCAACAAAAAUUUUUCAGAAAAUCAGCUUCAUGUAAUUACUGUGGAGUGAGACAGGACAUUAAACACCUAAUUAAGAACUGUCCAACAUUCCGAGCACUUCGUGGAACCCACAUGAAUAACUGCGAAGAGGAACACCAAUUCUUUGCCAUAUUGACCUGCAGGAAAGUUGUGACUCAAAUUAUUAAACAAACCCUCGAGGACAUUUUAAACUCAGAUCAACUGACCCCAGUCAUGAACCAACAAUAG